UGAGCGAUCCGUUGCCCUAGCGACGUGCUCCCGGACCUCGGGGCCGCCGCCACCGGCUCGGCUGCGCUCCGGAGAUCCUCCGGAUCCAGACGCGGGGAUAUGGCGCUGGCCUCCCGCAUCCCGUCCUAUUCGGAGACCGAGAUCGAUAAGAACUUCGGGGAUCCCGAGAACACCUAUAUCCUGAGGCCCAUUUUCCAGCAAAGGUUUAGACCCUCUGUGGUUAAAGACUGCAUUCAUGCCGUGCUCAAGGAAGAACUGGCGAACGCUGCAUAUUCUCCAGAUGAAAUCCCUUAUCUCACAAAACAUCUAUCAGAAGUCAUUAAAGAUAAACUGAAAGAAUUGGGAUAUGAUCGGUAUAAAAUGGUGGUGCAAGUAGUGAUUGGAGAACAGAGGGGUGAAGGAGUAUUCAUGGCUGCUCGCUGUUUCUGGGAUGCAGACACGGACAACUACACUCACGAUGUUUUCAUGAACGACAGCUUAUUCUGCGUUGUAGCAGCAUUUGGUUGUUUCUAUUAUUGAAUCUUUGGGAAGAGUGACUGUGACUUUGAAGAAACCGCAGCUUUUUAUAUUGUUAAAUAUCCUGACCAAAUAAAAAUAAGUUGGCACUUUGGUGCCUAAAACCUGUUGUUUUAGGGUUUUUAUGUUUAAUGAUUUGAAUUUAUUAUGCUAUCUGUGUUCUUACUACAUUUGGACAAAAUAUAGAGAAAAAGAAGAGGGGAAAAUUCAUUGUAAUAUUUCAGCCAACUAGAUAUUUGGGUGUAAUUUCUAUUCAUUGUUCUUUAUAAGAUGUAAAAAGAAAAAAACAUAAAAUGUAUUGUUUUCUUCACCCCUCAUGUCAUGAAUAGUUUUUAUACUGUUAUAGUUUUUAUGAUUUUCAUGUUAGCUUGUAUUUAUACCAUUAGGUAUAAUGGACCAUUUGUGCUCAGUCCUUUCGUUAUUAAAGGACUAAUUUCAAAUUUUUGCACCAUUAUAAAAAUUCACAGAUGAA